AUGGCUCUGCCGUCAGAGGGAAACGAUCUUUGGCCUGGGGCAAAGUCUCGCUUCGAUGAUUUCCAGGGUAUGCAUAUCUACAUGACGCAGAAGGUGCAUUUUAACGGUCCAUUUCUCCCAUGGCAUCGUUGGAUGCUUUACCUAUACGAGUCUGAGUUACGCAACAAAUGCUCAUAUGACGGCGCACUUCCGUACUGGGAUGUCAGCCUAGACAAUACUGCGGAAACUUUCGUCAACUCGCCUGUAUUUGACAACGUUUACGGCGUCGGAGGCAACGGACCAUACAUCGAAGACAAGCGGCGGCGGAAACUUCUUCACUCCAGAGCUUGGCACAGUGGCAUCUGGCUAACAGAGUGGAUAGGCUGUAUUGUGGAAGGACCAUUUGCAAACCACACCGUCCCCAUGGGCCUUGGAUUAUCUGUCACCUCAACACCCCACUGCCUGCGCCGCGAUUUCAGUCUACCCAUCAUCACGAGUGCCCUUAGUGACGAGGUCAUCGACAAGACUCUCGCAGCGGCCACAUUUUCCGAAUUCAACCUGGCCAUUCAGGGGUAUAGCAUGCAGGUCAGCGGCAUGACUUUGCAUGCGGGCUUGCACAUUGGCAUUGGCGGUGCAGUUGGCGAUUGUGCUGACAUGUACUCCUCUCCCGGAGACCCCGUCUUCUACUUCAUCCAUAGCGCUUUGGAUAAGGUUUGGAAUGACUGGCAGCGUAGAGACUGGCCUGCGCGCAAGACGGAUAUCGGCGGCCCGGAUGUGAUAUUUGGCUAUCCGUUCAAUUACACCACGAAUCCCGCCUACGAGAAUAUCACUCUGCAGUAUCCCUUGUCUUACCCUAAUUUUGGCAAGGAUAUGAUUGUUGCUGAUAUGAUGGAUAUUCACGGGGGUCCUUUCUGCUACGAGUACAAAUGA